AUGUCACCAGGGGAAGGGUGGAAGCAGGCCCCAGCAGGGCAAGUGGGCUGCAGGAGGGAGGAGGUGCAGGAACUGGCUGCGGGUAGCCCGAGGGACUCCAGAAAGCGCGUGGCCCCGCGGCGCCAGCGGCAGCUCGCGCCCUGGGGCCCUGACACACAGACGCCUGCGCGGGAGGCCGACUGGGGGCGCCGUCGCGAGAGGAGCACCGCGGCGCAGAAGCGGCUACUCCCGAUGGAGCGUCAGUGCAGGACGCGGGCCCGCAGGCCGGGCCCUCAGGGCCGCAGAGUCUCUGCCGUUGUGCUGCUGCUGCUGCUGGUGCUGCUGCUGCUGAGGCCCGCUGGCCGCCUGGCGGACCAGACUCCCGGGACACCCUCCAAGCCUGCUCCGGCCGACCCUGGCGUCCCCUGUGCACCCACUGCCACCUGCCCCUCAGGCGGGCCUCGCCUUCCUCGCCAGGCCCCCACCGUCCCGUCGCCGCCCUUGACCCUCCAGACCAGCCCUGUUUCUAAAGAAGGCAUCAGCUUAUUUCCCACCUGCGGCUCCUCCUUCGAGGAAGACCCCACCCUCAGGGACCCAGAGGCCAUGGCUCGACGGUGGCCGUGGAUGGUCAGUGUGCGGGCCAAUGGCACACAUAUCUGUGCAGGCACCCUCAUUGCCUCCCAGUGGGUGCUGACCGUGGCCCACUGCCUGAUCCGGAAUGAUUUUAUCUAUUCAGUGCGGGCAGGGAGCCCAAGGAUUGACCAGAUAUCUCAGACUACCGCCGACGUUCCGGCACUCCAGGUCAUCGUGAACGAGAGGUACCAGUCUCAUCGGUACUGGUCCUGGGUGGGCCAGGCCAACAACAUUGCCCUUGUCAAGCUUGCAUGGGCACUCAAGUACAACGCGUACGUCUGGCCCAUCUGCCUGCCUAACUUGGACUUCCAGGUGAAGGAUCACUCUGUCUGCACUGUGACAGGCUGGGGACUCCCCAGGGUUGAUGGCAUGUGGCCCCAGUUCCGGACCAUUCAGGAGAAGGAGGUCACCAUCCUGAGCAACAAAAAAUGCAACCAGUUCUACCACAAGUUUUCCAAAGUCCCCUCUAUGGUCCAGAUCGUGGACUCCCAGAUGGUUUGUGCCGAGGACUCCGACAGGGAACACUUCUGCUAUGAGAUAAGCGGUGAGCCCCUGGUCUGUCCUGUGGACACCACGUGGUACCUGGUGGGACUGGUGAGCUGGGGCCCAGGUUGUGAAAAGAGCAAGGCCCCGCCCAUCUACCUACAGGUCACCUCCUACCGUCACUGGAUCUGGGAACGCGUCAAUGGGCAGGCCCUGCCAGCCCCGUCCAGGGCCCUGCUCCUGGUGGUAGCGCUGCCCCUCAGCCUCCUCGUUGCCCUCUGACACCCUCGUGCCGUCCCUGGGGGGGGGGGGGUGCCGUCCUCCCCCUCUGAGCCCAGAAUGCUGCAGGUGUAGCUCUCCCAGCCCCGCAAAGUGGGGCAGAGAUGAGGUGCUCAAUUAAACACUUUUCUUCCACAA